GACAAGUUGUUGACAGAAGUUUAUACUUGCGUAGGGUACUUGUGAGUUAUCGGCUAAUUGUUUUUAUGCGUUUACCAUCAGUCGUCUUUAUCAAAUAGAAACAAUGACGGACGUUAAAGUUAAAAAAGAGUCCACGGAUGUUGUCGAUAUCGAAAAUAGGAUAAAGGAGCUCUGUCAGCAGUUCCCGCAUGGGAUUACCGACCAGGUCAUCCAGAAUGACAUGCCUCAUGUGGAGGCACAGCAGCGCGCCAUGGCCAUUAACCGCCUGCUGUCCCUGGGCCAACUUGACCUUCUCAGAAACAGCAAUGGUUUGUUGUACAGGCUGAAGGAUACGCAAUCAGCAAGUAAAAUGAAGGGCUCUGACAACCAAGAGAAACUAGUCUACCAGAUCAUUGAGGAUGCUGGGGAUAAAGGAAUCUGGAGCAGGGACAUUCGUUACAAGAGCAACCUCCCCCUGACUGAAAUCAACAAAAUCCUGAAGAACCUUGAGAGCAAAAAGCUCAUCAAAGCUGUCAAGUCUGUAGCGGCCUCGAAGAAGAAAGUCUACAUGCUGUAUAAUCUGCAGCCAGACCGCUCAGUCACGGGUGGGGCUUGGUACAGCGAUCAGGACUUUGAGUCUGAGUUUGUGGAGGUUCUCAACCAGCAGUGCUUUAAGUUCCUACAGAGCAAGGCAGAGGCUGCGAGGGACAGUAAACAGAGUCCCAUGGUGCAGAGGAACAGCUCAUUCGCCACCUCACAUGAAGUCUGGAAGUACAUCUGUGAACUUGGCAUUAGCAAGGUGGAUUUGUCAAUGGAGGACAUUGAGACCAUCCUGAAUACGCUGAUAUAUGAUGGGAAGGUGGAGAUGACCAUCAUUGCGGCCAAAGAGGGGACGGUGGGGUGUGUGGAUGGCCAAAUGAAGCUCUACAGGGGGGUGAACCCCAUCAUCCAACCGACAGGCCUGGUCAAAACACCCUGCGGACUCUGUCCGGUUUUCGAUGACUGCCAUGAAGGAGGAGAAAUCUCACCCUCCACCUGUGUGUACAUGUCAGAGUGGCUGGACUUCUGACCUGUUUUUUUCACCCUUUUCUUCUGUGGAGAAAGUGCCAUGUAUGUUUUGCUGCAGUGCAAUGCAAAUAUUUUUUUCUGUAUUUAUAUUACAAUAAUAGCCUUCAUGUGUUCUUGAAAUGAAAGAGCAAGAGAAGGAAAAGCAUUCGAGGUCUGGAGCUCUGCAUGUCUCUGACCCGUCCCUCUGUGAUGGACCCACGUGAACAGCCACCUUUCCUUUGGACCAUAGUUAUGUUUCGAAAUACAGUGUGCUGGUCUUGGAUGGGAGAAUCGUGGUCUUAUGAUUGUGCUUGGUACUUGAUUGCUCCAAUGCAAGGAUCUGAAAAAAUCUGCACAUAUUUUGUUGUGGAAAGUAAAUUACUUUUUGUUGUCAUUUUUUUGUUGUGUGAAUAAACAAUGGAACUGAAUCUUA